GCUUUGUGGUUUGCUCUCCAGGUUCGUGUUCGGUCUCCAGCCUCGACCUGAUAGGGAAGUCAGUGUACAUGUUGCUAGGCAACGAGAGGCCAUCCGAACGACGGUGUUUUCACGCGAAUUCCGCUCAUACAAGGACAAAACUACCUAAAAGUGCGUCAGUUUGCAUCUAAUGCUAGCUAGCUACUUCUAAAGUCGACUAUUAGUUUGUGAUUAGUGCACACUGACAAUGCCGUUCAGCGCCGAGGCCAUUAAGCCGCCCCUUCAUGACCAAAUAACAGAACUGCAGAGGAAAAUUCAACUUCUUGAGGGCGACAGAAGUGCAUACUAUGAAAUGUCUCAGUCAAGCAUCAAGAAAAACAGGAAUUAUAUCCUUCAGCUGAGGCAGGAGAACAAGAAACUACACAAGAAGUUGGCUAACGCUCUUGCUGGGGACGAGCAGGUGAUAAAGGAGGCCUUUCAAAGCCGAGGCAUGGAGAAAGCUGCCUUCAGAAACAUGUCAGGGAAGGCUGCUCUCAAGGUGCUGGACCAGAAGGUGUGUGACAAGAUGAAGAAGCUGAACGCUCUAAAGCACACCACCCAGACGUACCGUCGUCGCCUGGAGGACCUACAGACACUGUACCAGAGUAUGAAGCUAGAGAACAGGGGACCAGAGAGAGACACGGAGAGACACAGCGAGGAGGCCAAGAACUUGCGGGUGCUGGAGAAUCGUCUGGAGAAAGCCCAGCUGAAGUGCCAGGAGGCUGAACACAUCAUGAGAGGCUAUCUGAAACUAAAGGCCCACCUACAGGAGGAGAGCCUGACCUUCCAGUCCAAGCUGGAUGAACUAGAGGCUGAGAUCCUGAGACAGAGACAGGAGCUGAAGGACCUGCAGGUCCUGAACAGUGACGCACUCCUCUCCAAAGACACUGCCAAGGCAGAGCUGCAGCGUCAAGAAGAACAGAUGUAUAGGGAGAGGAAGGACAGAGAGUGUAUCCUCACCCGUUACAAGAAAGAAGCAGAGGACCGUAAGGCUCAGGCUGAGAGAGUGGAGAGAAGGGCCCAGCGGGCAGCCAUGCAGCCUGACGAGCUGAGUAGCGACGCCCAGCGCAGUGCCACCGGGCUGGGGGAGGAGGAGGAGAGGGCCAUCUCCACCUUCGAAGAGGCCUUCAGACGCAUCAAGGAGGCCACGGGGGUCACUGACACACGGGAGGUGGUGGAGAGGUUCAUCUCCCAGGGAGACACCCAGCAGCACCUGGAGAAUCUGAAGAAGGAGAACCAGAGAACCCUGGUACAGCUGAAGGAGGACAGGGACCGUCUGCAGGAACACUUCCAGGACAUCAAGUACUCCGGGGAGACCAAGCUCUCCAGUGGUCAGCAGAUGCUGGAGGACUGUAAGCGCCACCUGCAGGCGGAGCAGGGGAGCCGCGACGCCGCCAAGGAGCGUCUGGACUGGCUGACCCGUACCCUGAACACGGUCCGGGCCGGGGUGGAACACCUAUCUGACAAACUGCAGCACAUCAAGCUGGGUGAGCGACUGGAGCCCCAGCUGCCCCCCGGCUCAGAGGAGUACGUGGUGGAACUGCUGUCCCAGUCAGAGCAGAAGCUGCUGUUAUUGCAGGAGGAGCUCCAGGGGAAGGACCUGGCCGCCGUCAUGAAGGAGAUGGAGGAAGAGGAGUUCCAUGCCAGCAUCGAGGGGAAGCUGCCCCAUUGCAACACCCGCAUCAAGCUGCCUGAGGCUCAGAGACAGGACCCAUAUGAUGAAGAGGAGGAGAGCGGGGACGAUGAGGGUGACAUUAUCACCAGGGCGAUACUGAAGCACCAGUCUCAGCUCAUCAUCGACUCCAAGACUAAGAGGAAGACCAGGACCAAGAAGAAAAAGGGCAAGCUCUGAUCCUAGAUCAGUUAGGCUGGCUAGAGGUCACAAGAGCCAUAGAAAUAUAAUUGCUAGAAUAGGGAGUUUGUGUUUAGUGUGAGGUCAUAGGUCAUAUUUGUGCCCUGGAUUGAGUGAAAAUACUUUUGCUUAGAUGGCAUAGGGAACUUGAGUGAAAUCUUACUCCUCACAUAUAAUUAUUCAGUUAGCUAAAUAAUUAUAUUCCUUAUUAACUAAUGGAAUGCACAGUAAAUGUAUAUUGUAUAUUUGGGAUGAUACUGUAG